AUGCUGAAAAAUGACCAAGGCAACUUUGCUGUUUCAUCAGGAUCAAUCAAGGCAUGUGACAACGGAUGGACUCUUCACGGCUCCCACUGCUACAAGAAGGCCGGGACAACCAACGGUUGGCAGGGGGCUCGUUACGACUGCGCCUUAGAGGGCGGCGACCUUGUUUCCAUCACCGACGAGACCGUGGAAGACUUUGUGAAGAGGCAAAUGGGCGACAAGCCCUUCUGGAUCGGACUCUCCAAUCUGAACUGCGAUGAGGAUUGGUGUGAAUUUGCGGGAGCAAAAGAGCUGACUUGGUCCAACUCCAGUAUGACGCUGGACUACACCAACUGGGACACACGUCAAAACGGAAGCUCCAACGUUGAGUCCUGCGCCUAUGUAAACCAAGGAGUGCCCACCUACAAUCAGCCUGGCAAGUGGAGAUAUGGGUCGUGCGGAUCCUCACUGGCGUACAUGUGCGAGCGGCCGCUCGACGCCUGCUCGAAUGGACGUACCUGUUCCCACAAAGAAUCUGCUUCCAUUUACUAUCAACUGGAGACUUCCUUCUGCGACUCCGGCGACUUCCUGUACAAGGACUCGUGUUACCAUUUUGGGGAGACACGUGCAACCUGGCAAGCGGCUGAGGAUUUCUGCAAGAACAAGGGAGGUCACCUGGCCAGCGUCCACUCACAGGUUGACGGACAAUUUUUGGCUGCUCACGCGCGAGCUGCUUGGAGUUGGCUGGGACUCAGGAGGAACAAUGGCAAAUUUGAGUGGAGCGACGGAUCAUCCACAAAUGACGUCCCGUGGCAUUCAGGAGGCGACCGGAAUGACUGCGUCCAAUCGGAAUCUGAUGGUCGAGUUUACUCGUUUUUUUGCAGCGAGCUUGAACCACGCAUCUGUCAAAAAGGCAAGGCCAGAAAUUCCUUCGAGUUUCGUCUGGCGCCGACAUCAGAAUCAGGACCAAUCAUUCCUGAGCCAACAUGUAACGCAAAAGUCGGAUGGACUCUUCACGGCUCCCACUGCUACAAGAAGAUGGCGCCAACCAACGGUUGGCUGGGGGCUCGUUACGACUGCCUCUGGGAGGGCGGCGACCUUGUUUCCAUCACCUCCAAGGACGAGGAAGACUUUGUGAAGAGGCAAAUGGGCGACAAGCCCUUCUGGAUCGGACUCUCCAAUCUGAACUGCGACGAGGCCUGGUGUCAGUUUUCCGAAGCAGGAGAAAAACUGCUGACUUGGUCCGACACCGAUGUGACGCCUACCUACACCAACAGGGACUCGCGUCAAGACGGAAGCUCCAACGUUGAGUCCUGCGCCUACGUCAACCAAGGUGUGCACUUCUCCAGUCAGCCUGGCAAGUGGAGACAUGGAUCGUGCGGAUCCUCCUUGCCGUACAUGUGCGAGAGGUCGCCCGACGACUGCCCGGAGGGACGGCUGUGUUCCUACAAAGACUACGGAUUGGGCUACCAUCGAGUGGAGACUUCCUACUGCGACACUGGCGACUUCCUGUACAAGGGCUCUUGCUAUCACUUUGAGGGUGUGAUGCGAACUUGGGAGGGGGCCGAGACAUUCUGCGGAAUAUGGAGAGGUCACCUGGCCAGUGUCCUCUCAUGGGACGAGGGCAAAUUCUUGGCUGCUCACGCGCCAUAUGCAGGAGGAUACCAAUCUUGGGUGGGACUCAAGAAGAACAAGGGCAACUUUGAGUGGAGCGACGCAACACCUACAGGCAAGAUCGAGUGGGUCCCAGACAGGCCGGCCGGACGUGGAGACUGCGCUGCCUUGUCGCAGACUGGAAAACUUGAGGACCGGCCCUGCACCAAUGCUCGGCCAUUCAUCUGUAAAAAAGCCAAGGUCCAAGACUUUCUUCUUCCUCUGCCGGCAGGCUGGAGUUCAAAGUGCGCCUGGUGGCUGGAGCGAUCCUCCUCCGACUUCUGCUACCUGAUUCAACGCAAGCCCACCAAGACUUGGGAGGAGGCGCGAGACGACUGCCUUCACCGCGGAGGCGACCUGCUCAGCAUCGCCGACUCACAAGAACACACCUUCAUACAAGGUCUGUACACUUUACUGCCGAGCGCUCCCUCUCUGUGGUUGGGCGUCAACAACAACGUCACGAAAGACGGCAGCGGGUGGACUGACGGAUCCCCGUUGGGUUACGUCGUCACGGACGGAGUUGACCCCGGCGACCUCUCUGCUGCGUCCUGUCUUUCCCUGCUCACAAGCAACGGCCGCUGGAAGUUUGACGAUUGCCGGAAGAAGAGAGGCUACAUGUGCAAGAAACGAGGAAACAUUCCAAAACCGCCGCAGCAGCCUCAUGACGCAUUAAUCGAUCCCAAGGCAUCAUGUGACGCCAAAAACGGAUGGAAUCCUCACGGCUCCAACUGCUACAAGAAGAUGGAGAAAACCAACGGGUGGCUGGGGGCUCGUCAGGACUGCCUCUGGGAGGGCGGCGACCUUGUUUCCAUCACCUCCAAGGACGAGGAAAGCUUUGUGAAGAAGCAAAUGGGCGACAAGCCCUUUUGGAUCGGACUCUCCAAUCUGGACUGCAACAAGGACUGGUGUCAGUUUUUUGAAGAGGGGGAAAAGAAGCUGACUUGGUCCGACACCGGUGUGACCCCGGCCUACGCCAACAGGGACUCGCGUCAAGACGGAAGCUCCCACCUUCAGUCUUGCGCGUACGUCAACCAAGGUGUGCACUCCUCCAGUCAGCCUGGCAAGUGGAGACAUGGCUCGUGCGGAUCCUCACUGGCGUACAUGUGCAAGCGGUCGCCCGACGACUGCCCGGAGGGACGGCUGUGUUCCUACAAAGACUACGGAUUCGGCUACCAUCGAGUGGAGACUUCAGCUUCCUUCUGCGACCCUGGCGACUUCCUGUACAAGGGCUCUUGCUAUCACUUUUGGGAGAAGAAACGAACUUGGGAGGACGCCGAGAAGUUCUGCCGAGAAUCGAAAGGUCACCUGGCCAGCGUCCACUCACUGGACGAAGUCCAAUUCUUGGCUGGUCACAUGCCCUACAAAGGAGGAUUGCAAUCCUGGGUGGGACUCAAGAAACACGACAGAAUGUUUGAGUGGCGCGACGCAACACCUGCAGGCAACAUCGAGUGGGUCCCACACGGGCCGGUUGGACGGGGUGACUGCGCUGCCUUGUCGCUGACUGGAAAACUUGAGGACUGGCCCUGCACCGAUAUUCUGCCAUUCAUCUGUAAAAAAGCCAAGGUCCAAGACUUUCUUCUUCCUCCGCCGGCAGGCCGGAGUGCAAAGUGCGGCUGGUGGCAGAACCCACCCUCCUCCGACUUCUGCUACCUGAUCCAACACAGGCCAACCAAGGCCUGGAAGGAGGCGCGAGACGACUGCCUUCGCCACGGAGGCGACCUGCUCAGUAUCGCCGACUCAAGUCUGUACACUUUUCUGCCGAGCGCUCCCUCUCUGUGGUUGGGCAUCAACAACAACAUCACGAAAUACGGCAGCGGGUGGACUGACGGAUCCCCGUUGGGUUACGUCGUCAUGGACGAAGGUGACCCCGGUGACCCCUCUGGUGCGUCCUGUCUUUCCCUGCUCACAAGCAACGGCCGCUGGAGGUUUGACGAUUGCCGGAAGAAGAGAGGCUACAUGUGCAAGAAACGAGGAAACAUUCCAAAACCGCCGCAGCAGCCUCAUGACGUAUUGACCGAUCCUAAGGCAACAUGUGACAUAAGCAACGGAUGGAAUCCUCACGCCUCCAAGUGCUACAAGAAGAUGGAGAAAACCAACGGGUGGCUGGGGGCUCGUCACGACUGCCUCUGGGAGGGCGGCGACCUGGUCUCCAUCUCCUCAAUCUACGAGGAAAGCUUUGUGAAGAAGCAAAUGGGCGACAAGCCCUUCUGGAUCGGACUCUCCAAUCUGGACUGCAACAAGGACUGGUGUCAGUUUUUUGAAGAAGGAGAAAAGAAGCUGACUUGGUCCGACACCGGUGUGACCCCGGCCUACGCCAACAGGGACUCGCGUCAAGACGGAAGCUCCAACAUUGAGGCCUGCGCGUACGUCAACCAAGGUGUGCACUCCUCCAGUCAGCCCGGCAAGUGGAGACAUGGCUCGUGCGGAUCCUCACUGGCGUACAUGUGCAAGCGGUCGCCCGACGACUGCCCGGACGGAUGGCCGUGUUCCUACAAAGACUUGGGUUACCGUUACAAUCGAGUUGAGACUUCCUUCUGCGACUCUGGCGAGUUCCUGUACAAGGACUCUUGUUACCAUUUUGAGGGGACCCGUAAAACCUGGCAAGAGGCUGAGGGUUUCUGCAAGAACAAGGGAGGUCACCUGGCCAGCCUCCACUCACUGGUUGUCGGACAAUUUUUGUUUGCUCACGUGCGACGAGAUGGACAAGGAUGGUUGGCUUGGCUGGGACUCUGGAAGAACAAUGGCAACUUUGAGUGGAGCGACACAUCAUCUCCAGAUGAUGUCCCGUGGUAUAAUUCAUACAGAUCAUCUGAGUGCUCCAAAUUGGCAUUUGAUGGUAACGCUCACCUGACCCAAUGCGAUACCCUUCGUCCAUCCAUCUGUCAAAAAGGCAAGGCCAGAGAAUUUCUUCCGCUUCUUCUGACGCCGACAUCAGCAUCAGGCAAGAGCGCAAAGUGCGGCUGGUGGCAGGAAAACCCCGCCAACGACUUCUGCUACCUGAUCAACUCCAAGGCCACCAAGACCUGGAAGGAGGCGCGAGACAAGUGCGCCCGCCUCAGCGGCAACCUGCUCGGCUUCGCCGACUCGCAGGAACGCGCCUUCAUCCAAGAAAAGCUUGUGGCCCCCAGCGACAAGGACACGAGCCAGACGUCAUCCGCACUUCAUUACGGUUAA